AUGGAGAGGGAGCCGCCCGCGCAGGGCCCCCCCAGCGCUGCCGCCGCCUAUGACUCGCCCCACCGCAGGGCGUGGAAGCGGUGCGUCCACUCCGGCCACCACGACAGCGCCAGCUCGGGCCACGCCACCACCGCCGACUUCGCGCCCAUGCCCAGGAUGUGCCGCCUCGUCAUGGCCAACUACGCCCCGCCCGACCUCCUCGCCGCGCUGCCCCUCCUCCUCGACCCCUCAAACGUCGUGCGCUGCUGCACCUACACCGACACGGGGGGCCGGGUCACGCCCUACCUCAUCUACCUCGACCACGAGCACGCCGACUUCGUGCUCGCGCUGCGCGACCUCAACCUCGGCCCCGAGUCCGACUACGCGCUGCUCCUUGACAACCGCCUCGGCAAGCGCCGCUUUGACGGCGACUACGUCCACAACGGCCUCCUCCGCGCCGCCGGCUGGGUGCUCGACAGGGAGUGCGACCUGCUCCGGGACCUCCUCGACCGGUACCCCGCCUACACGCUCACCUUCACGGUCCACUCCCUCGGCGCCGGCGUCGCCGCCAUGCUCACCAUGGUCGUCGUGCUCAACCUCGACAAGCUCGGCAAGGUCGAGAGGGGCCGCACCAGGUGCUACGCCAUGGCCCCCGCCCACUGUAUGUCGCUCAACCUCGCCGUUAGAUACGCCGAUGUCAUCAACUCCAUCGUGCUGCAGCCAGCUUCUAGGGUGAUCGACGAGGACUACUGCGGCCCGAUGGGAGUCGUGCUCUUCAACUACUCGGAGGCAGACUUCACCAUGAAGCCCCGCGACCGUGUCAUAGAGAUUAUCAUCCAGGUGAUUGCGACGCAGGAGGUCCCCGGGGUGGAGGACCUCGAUGCCACCGUCCGGAGGUCACCGAGGUGGAGGACGACGCCACCAUCCUGA